GCGAAACAAUCAUCCUGAUGUGGUUGAGAUUUUGACAAAAGAAGAAUCUUGAAAAAUUGCAAUUCACCGGCUUACAUUGGCCCAAAUGAAAGAACAGCUUUAUACGCCGCAAUAAUUUGUGACGACAAAGGAUGCAUAAAAAUGUUACAUGACUGGAAGCCCUCACUAAUUAAGGAAGCAGAUGUAUGUGGGUGGAGACCACUCCACUAUGCUGCAUUCCUUGGCAAUACAAGCAAGAUUAAGCAACUACUUCUGCUAGAUAAAUCUGUGGCAUACCUUGUUGCUGACAACGAUAACAAUAACACGACUCUUCACAUAGCAGCCAGUCAAGGUCAUAUAGAUGUCAUGGAAGCUCUUCUACUAAGCUGUCCAGAUUGCUGGGAGAUGAAAAACAAUAAAGACCAAAAUAUCCUUCAUAUUGCAAUUGAGAAUGAUCAGGAAGAGGCGAUAAUCGAAUUUAUCUUAGCAAAGCCCUUUCGCAGCAGUCUUUUAAAUCAAAAGGACAUCGAUGGAAACACUCCUCUUCAUCUGCUUGCUGCCAAGUCCAGUAAGCACUACCUGUAUGAUCUCACAAAAAACCUCCGUAGAGUGGAUAAAAUGGUCUGCAACAAGAAAAACUUGACUUCAUCAGCAGUAAGAUAUGGUGAUCUGAAUCCAUACCAGGUACGGAUGAUGGGUUGCAGAAACAAAUUCAAUUCCCGCAAAACAAAUUCAAUUUUGGCUAGGUUGGGUAGGACAGCUGCGGAGAACAAUCUGGUAGUGGCUACACUUACAGCGACGGUAUCCUUUGCAGCUGGUUUCACAGUACCAGGUGUCUAUGAUGGCAACGAAGGGCCAAAUCAAGGCAUGGCAGUCUUAACAAGACGAGCAGCCUUCAAUGUAUUUGUUCUGGCGGAUGCUUUUGCUUUGAUCUUCUCCGUUUCCACUGUAUUGAUCCACAUAUUUGCAUCCUCUUAUGAAGAUAAGGACGACCGUAUUAUAGGCCUUGGCAUGGCUUUUUAUUUCAUUUUAUACGCUAUGAUAGCAAUGGUGAUCGCAUUCAUAACUGGCCUUUACGCGGUGUUGCCAAAUUCAUCGGCCAUCGCUACAUCUGUGGUCGUCAUUUGUUCCGUCUACUGUUUAUCUGCUCUUUAUUAUGCUUUUCUUCUGCCCCAGUUCGGGCAUGAGUUAAGGAUACAGUGGUUCAGGUCCACUUGUAAAUUGAGGCGCCAUUUCAGGCGUUAGAUGAAGAAAUAUAAAAGUGAUCUUGUUAGUAUCAAAUAAUAUUUUAUAAUAUUUAUUUAAUAAUUAAUCAUCCUUCUUGCAUAUAAUUUUUUGUUAUGUUUCUACUAUUAGUUGUAAUAAAUUUAUGAGGAACUCCCUUUUUAGGUUGAAUUGGUUUAUCUAUUUCUCUUUUUUUUAGUUUUUUAAUACAUACUCUCUAGUAACAUAUUCAAUAAUAUAAAAAACAAAAUAGUCAUAAACAAAAUAUAGUGGUUUAUGAUAACAAAUAAUAAUAAGGCUAUAGAAUAAAUUAAAUUAAAGAA